ACGCUAUGCCUAAUAGAACGAAACACAGAGCUCAAAAGAUGAAGAAAUUUACGAUUCUGCCACUGUCGGUUCUCCUCCUCCUCACGCUCUUGAUUUCCUCCGAGGCCUCCGUCCAAAACGACGCCGUGGCAUGUGGGUUACCGGUGGUGAGGAAAGAUCAACGGACGAGGAUCGUCGAGACGGAGUUCGGAGAAAUCUCGGCCGUUGAGAUCAGCGACGGUUGCGGAAUCAGAGGGACCCACUCUAUACAUUUCAUAACGUUGGAGCCUAAUUCUCUCUUGCUUCCUCUUCUUCUUCACUCCGACAUGGUGUUCUUCGUACACACAGGAAGUGGAGUUCUCACUUGGGUCGACGAAGACAAGGAGACGAGGAUCGAAAUAAGACGAGGAGACGUUUACAGGCUACGUCCCGGUACGGUUUUCUACGUACGGAGCAACCUGGAGAGGGAAAUUAGAGAGAAACUUAGGGUUUACGCAAUCUUCUCCGACACUAGUGAGGAUGAUUACAUAUACGAUCCAUGUCUCGGGCCGUAUUCAAGUAUUAGAGAGCUUCUUCUUGGCUUUGACGAGAGAACUCUCCGGUCAGCUUUUGCGGUUCCUGAAGAGGUUAUCGGGACGAUAAGGAACGCGACAAAGCCGCCAUUGAUCGUACACGGUAUGCCGAAGAACAUAACUCAUGGAUCAGACGAGUUCUUGUGGCAAAUCCAAUCACGUUUCCUGAGAAUCUUCGUCAGGGAAGAGGAUAGCGAUGAAUUGAUAAUAAACAGUAGGGUUAAGAAGAAGAAGACAAGAACAUACAAUGUCUUCGAAGAAGAUCCAGACUUUGAGAACUGCAACGGUCGGAGCAUCACUGUUAGCAAGAAGGAUUUACACGCACUGAAGGGAUCUAGUGUCGGAGUUUUCAUGGUUAACCUAACAAAGGGAUCGAUGGUGGGACCGCAUUGGAAUCCGAGGGCAUGCGAGAUAUCGAUCGUGUUGCGAGGAGAAGGGAUGAUCCGGGUGGUGAGCUCGAGCAACGAGAUGAUGAAACAGAGCAAGUGCAAGAGCGGCGGGAGGUUCAUGGUCGGGGAAGGAGACGUUUUUGCAGUGCCUAGGUUUCAUCCGAUGGCUCAGAUGUCAUUCAACAACGGCUCGUUUGUGUUCGUGGGGUUCAGCACGUCGGCGAGGAGGAACUAUCCUCGGUUCUUAGCUGGGAAGAGCUCGGUUUUACAGGUUCUGAAGAGAGAGAUAAUGGCGGUAGCGUUGAACGUGAGUAAUGUCACGGUUGAUCGUCUUUUGGGUGGCCAGGAGGAUGGGGUGAUGUUGGAGUGUACGUCAUGCGCGGAGGAAGAGCUCGUGAAGCUGAAAGAGGAGAUUCAGAGGGAGAAGGAAGAAGAGGAAAGGAAGAAGAGGGAGAAAGAAGAAGAAGCGGCGAGAAGGAGAGAGGAAGAAGAGGCGAGGAAGAGAGAGGAAGAGAGGCAGAGAAAGGAGAGAGAAGAAGCGGAACGGAAGAGGAGGGAGGAAGAAGAAAAGCGGCGGCAACAGGAAGAAGCUGAGCGAGAGAGGAGAGAGGAAGAAGAGAUGAAACGAAGGGAGGAGGAGAGAGAGAGAAAGGAAAGGGAAGAAGAAGAGAGACGAAGACAAGAAGAGAUGGAGAGAGAGAGGAGGGAAGAAGAGAGAAAACGGGAGGAAGAGGCAGCUAAAAGGGAGGAAGAAGAGAGACAGAAAAAGGAGAGAGAAGAAGCAGAGAGACAGAGACAAGAACAAGAAGAAGCGGAGAGACGAAGAAGACAACAGGAAGAAGAGAGAAAACGAGAGGAGGAGGCAGCUAAGAGAGAGGAACGAGAGAGACAAGAACAGGAAGAAGCAGAAAGGCAACGAAGACAAGAACAAGAAGCAGCAGAGAGGCAAAGACGAGAACAGGAAGAAGAAGAAAGACAAAGAAAGCAAGAAGAAGAGAGAAAACGUGAAGAGGAGGCAGCUAAGAGGGAGGAAGCAGAGAGACAGAGAAAGGAAAGAGAAGAAGCAGAGAGACAAAGACAAGGACAGGAAGAAGCAGAGAGACAAAGAAGACAAGAAGAAGAAGAAGAGAAGCGUCGGAAAGAAGAGGCGGCGGCGGAGAGAGAGCCAAAACCGUCUCCGAUGGAGGAGCAAAAUCCAUAAAAGAAUGUCUGGAGACGUAAUAUGCUGAAAAUGUUGUUUAAUUUAAGGGUUUUUUUUUUUUUUUUCAUUUCGGUGGGUCAAUGUAAGAAAAUAAUGGAGAGUUCAUCAUCUUGAGAAUUUGUCUA